AUGCCUCAAUCAGAGGGUCUGAUAUCCAGAGAAAUUGCGAGCCAGGUUUUGGAGAGUUGGCGUCAGGCUCCAGACGGUCGAGAGGCGACAAUGGAGGAUGUGUCUCAAAGUGGGCCACUAUGCAGUAUAAACGAGUUUGUGACAGUCUUGAAGAAUGUUCAGAAGACUCGUGGCGACCACUCACAAGCUGGCGCGAUAUCGUCAUCAUCAUAUGCCGCAUCCAGACCGUUACCAACAACAACGACGACAACAGGCGUGCAGUCUCCAUCUCCGGCCGACCUGUCAAUCAAUCCGAAGAAGCUUCAGUCAGUGUCUGAGGUGUUGCUCACAGGCGCGUCGGGAAUCGUUGGUGCCGAGCGCAUCGAUCUGUCAUCAGCCAAUGUCCGACCGAGUGCAACUGCGCAGCGAGUCACCCAAAUCGUUAAACCGACUUCAGUGGCUGCCUCAAACGUCGUUUCCUCAGAUUCCACCCAAGGCAGAAAUCUAAGGGAUCAGACCACGAUUUCCGGUGACCCCUCCACCGCAGAUAAGCCCCAUUCUGAUGCCUCAUCGAAACCCUCUCAGGCGGUGGUUCGAAAGGCCCUUGCAUUCGAGAUUGAGCUGAGCCCUCCCCACAGCCGAAAGGCACCCCCGGCGUAUUUCGGCAAAAAAAGCUCCCCGUGCAACCCUGCCUCUGGAGGCAGCAAUGUCCUUUUCAUUCCCAUUGAAAAACGCUUACCGGCUUCCGUGGCGAAAGCUAACAAGACCAAUGCCUCCAACGACCACCCCAAAUCAUAG